UUGGCCAAAUCUGAAGAAGCAACAUUACCAGCCGAAGCUAAAGCUCAAUCCCUUGAGUUAGUGGCGGAUUGUUAGAUUUGAUUCGAAUUCUCGACAAAAUUAUCGAUCCCUCAAUCUGGUGUGAACAGGUAGAAUCCCAAGAUUUGAUAAUCGAGGGCGUGGUCUAUUCUAUUUGAGUUAAAUUUCUGAUCGAAGGAUCUCAUUCUCUGGAGCAAUAAAGCGGGAAAAUUCUAGCUUCGUGUUCUGUUUUGCCUAAAAUAUGUGGAAAUUUAAGCCAUUUGGCCACAAAGAGCAGACUGGUCUUGAAGGCCGCACUGUAGAUGUUGGUAAUCUUAAAAUAAACAUUGUUAAGGCCAUUGCGGAAGGAGGGUUCUCUUGUGUCUACCUAGCUCGUGAUGCUGUACAUAUGUCAAAGCAAUAUGCCUUGAAGCACAUAAUAUGCAAUGAUGAGGAAUCACUCGGACUGGUAAAGAAGGAGAUAUCUGUGCUUAAGAUGCUGGUAGGACAUCCCAAUGUUGUCACACUUCAUGCACAUGCCAUCUUUGAUAUGGGUAGGACAAAGGAGGCAUUCCUUGUGAUGGAAUUUUGUGAGAAGUCUCUGGUCAAUGUGCUGGAGAGCCGCGGAGCUGGUUAUUUUGAUGAGACACAGGUUCUUUUGAUCUUCAGGGAUAUCUGUAAUGCAGUUUUUGCUAUGCAUUGCCUGUCCCCACCUAUUGCACACCGGGACUUGAAAGCGGAGAAUCUUUUAUUAAGUUCAGAUGGCUUAUGGAAGUUAUGUGAUUUUGGAAGCACUUCCACAAAUCACAAACGUUUUGAAAAGCCAGAAGAAAUGGGGAUUGAGGAAGACAAUAUCCGGAAGUAUACAACUCCAGCCUACAGGGCCCCUGAGAUGUGGGAUCUGUUCCUGAGAGAGGUCAUUAAUGAGAAGGUAGACAUAUGGGCUCUUGGAUGUCUUCUUUUUCGAAUAUGCUACUUCAAAAGUGCAUUUGAUGGGGAAUCAAAGCUUCAAGUCUUAAAUGGAAACUACCGUAUUCCCGAUUUACCGAAAUACAAUUCAUCUAUCACGGACUUGAUAAGAGACAUGCUCCAAGCUAGACCAGAUGACAGACCAGAUAUCACGCAGGUCUGGUUUCGUGUUAACGAGCAACUGCCCAUUAAUCUACAGAAGUCAUUACCUGACAGGCCACCUGAAUCACCCUCACCCAACAAUCAUGAAGGUAUCUCAAUGCCCUCAAACAGAUCACCUCCAAUGCCUCGUAGGAACCCGCCUCCUCCGCCUUCAUCCGGAGAACCCAAGACUACACCACAGCCAUCCCUUGCUUCUAGGGGAGGGGGCAGUGGGGGGCAGCUUGGUGCUUUCUGGUCCAGUCAGCACGCAAAGGAUCCACUUGUCACUGAGGACAAGAGCAAGCCAAUUUUUGAUGAAGAACCAUCCAGUCACCAUAUGCCACUGAAACAUGAUAGAUUUCGUCCUGAAAAUGAACAAUUAGCCAAAAAUGUUAGUACUAGCAAAGUGGUUAAUGCACAAACUCAUACUGUGAAAAGCAGUACACAUGGAAAAUUAAACAAGCCUGAUACCAAACCCUCGAAGGAUUUUGAGAUAAACUUAUUCCAAGAUAAAGAUCGAAUGGAGAAUACGGCUAACUUUCAGAACCAGGCUUUUAACUCUUUUGUUGCUGAAUUCGAUACCACUAAGCUCAACACUGGACUUAAUAACAAAUCCGAAAGGGAACAAGCAUUAGAGGCUGAAGUGGAGAAACUCAAAGAGCAGCUGAAGGAAGCUAACGUGGAAAAAGCUGAAAUAACCUCAAAGUUUGAAAAGCUUUCUGCUAUCUGCCGAUCCCAGAGGCAAGAAUUGCAGGAUCUCAAGCAAGCACUGGCAGGUCGGACUCCUUCACCAAGCAGAGAGGGUUUGAAAACCUCUCCUGCAAUUACAUCAUCUGCACCUAUGCAGGAUAGAACUGAAUGGAAAACUCCCAGUUCAGAACCUAAGUCAUGGCAAGCUUUUCCUGAGGAACCCCAACAACAGAAGUCCCUUUCAGCAGGAAAUACUACCAAAUCAGUCAGGACAAAUAAUGGCAGGCAAAACAAGCAACCUGUUCAACUGGCUACUAAUUUUGAUUCAUGGGGUUUUGGAACUGAUAGCUUCAGUGCUGUACCUACUGGCAGCUCACAGAUGCAAAGAUCUAGCAGUGCCGGAGGUAAGUCUCAGGGCUUUGAUGAGGCAAAGACCUUUGAGAGCAAACCAACUUCUCAACCAGCUGGUUGGGCUGGUUUUUAACUGUGGGAAAAGUUCUAAAGGAUCUAAACUGUGUGAUUGCACCGAGACUUUUAUUUUUUUUUUGUCUACACUGAGAAGUAAAAUGAAUGCAAACCAUUAUAUAUUCUGUAUUUUAAA